AUGACUGAUUCGAGGUAAGAGAAAAGAAAGGAAUAGAGUAAUUUAUUGAAGUAUAUAUUCUUUCAGUGAUUCCAAAAAAACUAUUCUGAUAUGCAAACAUUCUUGCCACGUUCAUAAGCCGCAGGAAUCACCGCAAAUUAUAAUUGUUGGUAUUGAACAUAAACAAGAAGAGGAGGCAACAGAUUUGAGAAAAAAAAAGCGUCUACUCGAAUUGUUCAAUCUUCUUCAAAAUCAAGCAAAUCGAAGUAGUGCAUCAAGAAAUCAAUAUUUCCAAUAUUUUUGA